AUACGCGGGCUUCUAGACAUGCCGUUGCCUGCGCGAGAAGGUUUAACAACUCCGAGGAGCGCUAGAGCUCCAAUAGGCCGGAGACCACCUAGUAGCCUCCCUCAUACACGUAAAAAGGAGAAGACGCCUGAGAGUCCACCGGAUAUGGAUUCACCAGUGGGAAGUGUUGGCAGCGAUUUGCGACGGCAAAAUGAGGAACUUCGUGCUCGUCUUGCUGGAGAAAGCGCAGAUCAUAAGCGAAGACUGGAUGCUUAUCGACGUGCUCAGCAAGGUCAGGCAGCACUGGUUUCUCGUCUACAAGCAAAGGUUCUCCAAUACAAACAAAGAUGUAAUGAUCUGGAGAACCAAAUGGUGGAAACCACACCACGCAGUGACACGAGCUACCGUCCAGCCACUUCCUCUGGAAAAGUUAUUGCCCUGCCGUCCUCGACCCAGCCAACGCCAUCACCAGAUUUUCGAAGAGAAGAACGCAUUACUGACUUGGAAACCGCCUUAAGAAGACUAGAUGAGGAGAAACGCAAAUGUGAAAAGCUUGUGUCUCAGAACACUUUACUCCGUGAUCAACUGGAGGAAUCGCACCAGUUGAAUGAAGCUUUGACAAAUGAUCUGCAAAAGUUAACUAAUGACUGGGAGGCACUGCGAGAUGAAAUGUCAAUCAAGGAAGAUGAGUGGAAAGAUGAAGAACAGGCUUUUAAUGAUUACUACUCAAAUGAACACAACCGUCUUCUCAACUUGUGGCGCGAAGUGGUCUCUGUUAAGAGGUUCUUCUCAGAUCUGCAAACCAACACUGAGCGUGAUUUGUACAAAGUCAAAAAUGAUAUUGACUCAGCUGCUAGGGAUUUGGUGGGGACCCUGAGUGGUUAUGCUAUUACAGCAUAUGCCAGUCAUGAUAAUUCUAAGCCUGAUCUUCAAACAUCUCAAACACCAAAUCCAGGUACGGCAAUUGAAAGCCUCCGUUCUGAUUUACACUCAAUUACCACUCAAAGAGACAAUGCUCUGUCUGAUCUGAAGGAGAGAGACACGCGUAUACAACGCUUGCUACAAGAGCUACAGGGAUUGGAAGAGCGAUGCGAGUGUGCCGAAGCAAUUUGUUCUGAGGCGGGAAUAAUGCGCUCAGCGCUUGAGGAAGUUGCGCGUGCACUUAUUCAGGAUUCCGAAACUGACGCUCAGCCUAUACAUAUGCAUCUAGACAGGUCACCCAAACGUGGUAUAGCUCUGUCGGCAAAUCCGACAGCGUUCGCCGAAAGUACGAUAUCUGCACUACAGGCCGCCUUACACAAGUAUCAAAUACAGAUACACGAAUUGCAGGUAAAACUUCAAAAUACAAGAGAACAAUUGAUGACUUGCCGAAAACAUUCCGAAACUGCGGAUUCACAUGUGGCGUCGUUAGAGAACAAAGUAGAAGAUCUACAAGGAAAAUUGGAUCAAACGAAUGCAGAUUUAAACCAAGUUGUGCAAGAGCGGGAAUCACUUCAGAAGACUGUGGAAGCGCUGAGAAUUGAUAAGAAUAAUCUUGAAAGGAAUCGUGUUGAAAUUAAUGCUAUGGUGGAAUCACUAACAUCGGACUAUGAAAAACUUCAAAAAGUAAACAAUCGUCUAGAAAAGACAAUUGAAGGGCUAGAGAAUGAAAAAAGAUCACUCAACUCGGAAGUCGAUCAUUUGCACCGAGAACUUACUAGCAGGGACUCCGUUUUACGAACGGAAGAAGAACGUUCAUCCCGUCUCCGUAGCGAGCUUGUCAGUGUACGAGAAGAGUUGAAUAAGACCGCCUUAGCUCGAGAUCUACUGGACCAGCAGAAGAUAGAGGCAGAUGCCAUACUGUCACAGAUGGAGAAGAAUAGAAGUGAGUUGGAAAUCGAGUUGGAACGGAGUCUCUUAGAACGUGGUGAUCUUCAAGACUUGGUGGAGAAAUUACAGUCGCUGGUACGCAACCUUGAGAGUGAUAAGAAGAAACUCAUUGAAGAUAUUAAACUUUUGGAAGAUGAGAAAUCUUCGCUCUCCAACCAGUCAUCAGACCUUCAAGGAGAUCUGAACUCUCUCCGAAAAGAAUUGUUAGCAGCUGAACAGCACCGGAUGGAGUUGGAGGCAGAUAAAUCGACAUUACACGAGAAGAUUAAGUUCUUGGAGGGAGAAAGAGAGAAGGUUGAGAUGGAGUUGAGACAAGUUGCCAGGGAAAGAGGAGAAUUAAGUUCGCAAUUGACCGCGAUGGCCCGUAAGAAAGACACAUUGAACGAAGAAAUAAUUCGACUCCAACAAAGAUUGGAGCAAGCUAACGAAACCAUUGGUCGUCUGAACAGAUCUAUUGACGAUCAUGUUAAGGAAGGUGAAGAAAAACAGAUAUUAAUAGACAGUCUCGACAAAGAUAAACAGCAUCUCCAAGAGCAAUUAGCAAGUGUUCGCUCUGAGAAAGAUGCGUUGGAGGCUGUUUUGUUCGAUACGGCCAAUAUGUUGGAGGAUGCUGAUAGCAAACGAAGCAAACUCGAGCACGACUUGCAGAAUACAUUAGUCCAACAGGAAAAUCUUAAAGGUCAAAUAGCACGUCUAACAAAAGAUUUAGAAUGCAGCGAGAAGAAACUGCGUGAAACGAAAAAUAGUAUGCAACAUCAGAGUGGAAAGAAAGAGGCAGAAUAUCAGCAGGUUAUCACUAACCUAAAUCGCACUACAACUGAGAAUAUAACUAAACUUAAAGAAGAAAAGGAACAACUCCGUCAAGUGCUCGAACAGAAGCUAAAUCAAACUAUAGCAAUGCUGUCGAGUGAGAAGGAAGUAUUGGAAGCCAGUGCGAGGGAAAGGGAGAAGAAAUUACUGGCGUCUCGCGAUCAGUUGAUGUUACAACAUGAUGAAGCUAUGCUUAGAGCUGAGAAUGAUAAGCAGCAGGCCUUGCUUAUGGCUCAUCAAGAACAACAAGCCCUAAUAGAACGCUUGGAAGAAGCAAAACGUAUAUUGGACUGUGAGCAGAACAAACUGGAACGUGUCAAAAGAGACGCUCAAGCCAGGUCAGACCAGGACAGGGGAUUCAUCAACCAGCUCAAGGAUGACCUGUCUGCCUUGAAGACUCGGCUUGAAGAAGCGAAGGCGGCAGCUGAAGACGAUUGUGCGAGAUUCGAGAAUCGUAUAAAAGAAUUACACUUAGAGAAGGAAGCGCUGAAUCGCGAGUGUCAAGAGACGCGUGCGCAUCUCUCAUUGGCUGAGGACAAAUAUGACGCCACUUACGUACAGUUACAGGAUACUAUACGAAAACUGAAGGAAUUGGAAAACGAAUCAGAAAGUCUUCGCAAAGAAUUGACAGAUACUCGACGCCAGCUAAGCAACUGUUCGGCGGAGAGAGAUAAAUAUAACAGUGCCUGCAAAGAAUUAAGAGAACACGUAAAGAGAUCGGAGCAUGAGAGAAGAGAAGCUGCAAGAGAUAGAGAUGAGGCCUACCAUAAGAUUGCUGGAUUAGAAGAAACUCGAACAUCAUUAGAACUAGAGCUAUCUCGCGUACAAACGCUACUAAAAGAGUCUGAAACUAGUGGACAGCACGUUGAUCGUUCUUUACGGACAACAGAAGCACAAUUGAAGCGAGAAAGAGCAGCAUUGGAACAGGCGCAACAUGAUAUCAAGGAGUUGCAAUCUAGACUCCAAAACGAGAGUGAAGAACGGGAGCGUAUAUCAAACGAAGCGUGCACGGCUAAGCGUCACGGGGCAGAACUGGACGCCAUGUUGGGAGCUGCGCGCGCAGAUAUUGCCGCUUUGAGACAGCGAGGGGCUGAACUGGAAGAAGCCUGUCGGGCUAGGGAUCAAGAAUUGGUACUCCGUUUAGAAGAUUGUCGAUCAAAGGAGCGGCGUUUGGAGGAACUAAAACAUAAUUUGGAAGUCUGCCUUGCUGACGCUACACAGCAGAUUCAGGAGCUUAAGACUCGACUUGGAGCUUCCGAAGGCCGAUGCCGCGCUGUUGAAGCAGCUUUAACCCAAAGUGAGGCGGGUCGUCGUGAUGCUGAAGCAAGAUUAUCAUCAGUUGCGCACUCGUUACGACGCGUGUGUGGAAUACAACCUGAUGGCUCCGUGCAACAGGCUGCUAGGAGGCGUUUAGCGAGUCCAGCCAGGAGAUACAGUCCACAUAGGGGUCGUGAACAUUCAGAGGACCGCAAUGAGAUCAUCGACGUAGACCCAGAGAUGAUUAAGAAAGGUGUACGGAAUCUCAUGCACGAAGUAUGCCAGAUUGAAAGGGAAAAAGAUGAUUACAAAACUCAAAUGAACGUAUUCAAAAAGCAACUUAAAGAAGCGACAGAACAACAAGGUAAAGGUGAAGGUAAAUUGCAGUCGGUGAGCAGUAAUCUUCGUGGAGUGCAGGAAGAAAAGGCUAAAUUGCAAUCUGCUUUGGGACAGAGGGACGCUCAGCUCAAUGCAUUGAAUGAGUCAGUACAAACAAAGACAGUUGAAAUAAGCAACUUGCGUGACAAAAUCACCAGUUUGGAGGCAGCACUCAGUUCUGUCACCGAAGAAAAGUCUCAAAAUGAGAACAAGUCGGACAAUCUUCGUGGUCAACUGGCUGAACGGGUGCAAGAGGUGGCUCAACUGAGGGAAGCUUUGGCAGCAGCUGAGGGACGUGCGGCUCGUCUGGAUGUGCGUCGCGCUCAAUUGGAGGGUGAUAUUCAACGUAGUGCCGUCGCUGCUAGAGAUAGGGAUCAAGCACUCAAGAAACUUCAAGAGCGCUGUGACGGGUUCAUUCGUACAAUAGCAUCACUUGAAGACAGGUGUACCUCGCUCAAAGGAACUGUUGAGCAAUUGUCGACUGCCCUACAAAAGGCGGCAGCGGCCGAAACCGAGUUGAGGGCGGAGUUAAGCAAGACUCAAAGACUACUCAAUGAGGCGAAGAAUAAUGAGAACAAUGCAAUGGACAAGUUGAGGCAGAUGCAGAAGAAUAUUGCAAAUUGUGAGAACGAACGCAGAGUUCUUACGGAAAAGUUGGAAAGUGCUAAAGCGGUUGCGGGUGAAUUCAAACGACUUAACUGUCAGUUGGAAGAUCAAGUACACCGUCUUACAAAUCAGCUGGCAAAUCUUGAAGCGCAGAGAGCUGAUCUCGAGUCCCAGCUCCGCAUGACCACAUGGGAUGGAAAAGAGAGUGAUAGCAGUGAGUUGGAGAGAGAGCUCCACGGCCUUCAACGGGAGAGAUCAGAGCUUAAGGCGAAGAAUGACGCCCUUCAAGAUACAGUGAGGAAGAUGGAAGCUGAGAGGAGAAUGACCAGACCCUCAGUACUGAGGAGCAAAAGUCAUGAUAGAACUGAUAAGGGAGUUUAUUAUUCGGAUUUGGAUUCUGGAGCAGAUUCAUCAAAAGAGUCACAUUUGUACAAAAGCUACAAAGAAGUACCGUGUAAGGACAAAGGUCCUUCCUACAGCACUGAAUUAAGUCUCAUGGAAUUGGAGAACAGGGAACUGCGAAUGAAGAUACGGAGACUGGAAAAGGAACUCGCUGAUAAGGAAUCGGAGUUAUCCAUCUCUCGUAACCGUUUCCUAUCCGAUUUGUCUACGGGUGGUAGCAGGCAAGACAUCGAUCAGUACAAGCAGGCUGCGUUGCAGGCAGAAAGGCUUUUGGAGGCAAGAGAAGCCAGCCAUAGACAGCAGAUCAUCAGAUUGGAGAAUCAAAUAAGCCAGCUCCGUACGCAGCUGUCUGCCGAGAUCCGUCGUCGGCAGUCGUACGUGGCCCGAAGCGGGCGAGCGGCUCGCGACAUGCAACGGCUGCGGUCGGCUUUAGGAGACUCUUUGCGGACUGUGGCACAGGAUCCAGCCCUGGAUUCAUACACUCUAGAGCAUGAAGCUCGUAAAUUGGACAACACACUCGCUCACAGUCUGCCGCCGCUCAACGAUAGCUUUGAUUCCAAAUAGGUUUUGAAGAACUCUUAAUUCUAGCAGGGCUACUUUCAUAUGAAAAAGGGUAAAAUACCAAUUUACUACAAUACCCUUCGAUGUCCUUUAUGUAUGUUAGAGACAACAUUACCUCUAAAUAGAUGGGCCGUUGCAAUUCAGCAGAUACAUCGUACAAAUUUUAAACCAGACCAGCGCUGCCACUAUGUAACUUCCAGCGAUAUCGAUUCUGUUUGAUAUAGUUUUUUCUAACUAUACUUAUUGUAGUCGGAGAGCUAUAAGGAGUUACAAGGUAAUGGCACUGAGGCGGUACUUUAAGCCCCAAUAGCGAUAACGAACCACGCGAUCACAGGUUGAGGCGUAACAACAGAGCUAGGAUAUUGAGUACACAAGUUUUGCAGUGGGUAUCGCUAUCACUAUUGAAAGUUACAAGUACCGUUACGCUGUUGACUAUAAGUUUAUCUGCUUGGAAUUUUUUAAACAAAAUUUAGCAAAAACUUUGUUUUGUCAAGUUUUCGUAGAUACAAGAAUAUCAAAGUCUACUUAAAAUAGUUCUCCCAUUCUCUUAGUCUCUUUUCUAUUAACAAAUAUUUCCAGCAGUAAAAUCGCCAUCAGUGAUUCGUAACAUUACUUCGGCACUCUACCUUUUCUUGCCCAUUCUUCUCCACACGAAACUACCUUUUGGAAGGGGCAACUAGAAUCUUCUUUGUAUUUUUUUUGACGUUCAAAAAUGCCAUUUUAGAUGGU